CAUCACAUGCUGCGAAAGACAGGAGAUCACAUCUUAAAUUUUUGAUGCCUGAGAAAACUGAUACAUGUCAGAAAGAUACCAUAAAGACAAAUACAUGCUGUAAUACAUGCUAUUUUUCCAACGCAGCACUUAGAUUUGAGUACAAAUACAUGCUUGUGAUUAUUAGAAGAGUUUAAAAGAAUUCCAGUUAUUGAAGGCACACUAUUUUUGGGUUCAGAGACAGGAAUACUGAUCCUGUUCUGAACAGGAUAACGCAAUUCUUACGAUUAAUCGUUCACAAAACUGCAUCACGUACCUGUGUGGUUUUUACAAACAAUUGCACCAAUCUAUCUGAAUCUUGUAAAGAGUAUUGUGUGUCAGGUGCGGAUCAGUUUCCUGCAGAGCUAUUUGACACCCAUGAAAGGCAGCUUUCUGCCCCAAGUGAGUCAGGUGACCAAGCGGUUGGAUACGGUCACACGCUGAGAUCCCGUCUGCCUCCAGUGUGGAAGCACGGGAGUCGAGAUGACGUUCAUCGCCAAAACGUUCUACGACUUGAAGGCCACCACGCUGGAGGGAGACUCGGUGGACUUUAACGUGUUCAGGGGACGGGUGGUCCUAAUAGAGAAUGUGGCCUCGCUCUGAGGCACAACCACCCGGGACUUCAGCGAGCUCAACCAGCUUCAGAUUAAGUACCCCCAUCGGCUGGUGGUCCUGGGUUUUCCCUGUAACCAGUUUGGAUAUCAGGAGAAUUGCUCCAAUGGUGAGAUCCUGAGGUCACUGCAGCAUGUGCGUCCGGGCGGUGGCUUCCAGCCCAACUUCACCAUCUUCGAGAAGUGUGACGUCAACGGAACAAACACACAUCCGGUCUUUGCCUAUCUGAAAGACAAGCUCCCCUACCCCGAGGAUGACCCCAGCUCCCUCAUGCAGGACCCCAGAUUUCUGUUUUGGAGUCCCAUCAGCCGGACGGACGUGUCUUGGAACUUUGAGAAAUUCCUCAUCGGGCCAGAAGGAGAGCCCUUUAAAAGAUACAGCAAGAAGUUCCCCACCAAUGACAUCGAGCCUGACAUUCAAAGACUGCUAAGAUUAACCAAGACCUAAGAAUAGCCUCCACCUCUUAAUGACUUCUCAUCCAUUAAAGUCAAAGCUUAUAUGCUGUCCUCCACACUUUUAAGCCUUAUUAAAUGAGGGUAAUAUUCUUAAAAGCUGAGGGAAUAUUAUCUGAGGCCUUAUAAGUGCUUAACAGUAGUGGAUGAAUAAAUUCAAUAUAUUUUUUAAAACUUAAUGGGAGCGUAUUGUC